CAAUUUGACAUUUUAUAAAUGGAGGUGAUGAUUAUUAAUUUUAGCCGCAAGCAGCAAUUUUAAAGUCUGUUAUUAGGUAAAUGUGUGAAAAAAGAAAACAUUGGAAAAACCUGCAUGUAAUUAAAUUAAAAUUAUCAUAGUUUAAUGUUCGAUGGCGCGUAUUGACACGAUGACGACUCUACGUGAUCGCCAACUCAAUGCUUUGAAACAGAUGCUCAAUCUGAACCAAACAUUAACAAAAGCAGUAGCUAACGAGCCAUCAUGGAAAGUUCUAAUAUAUGACAGAGUGGGUCAAGACAUCAUUUCUCCGCUUAUAUCCAUAAAGGAACUUAGGGAAUUAGGUGUCACUUUGCAUGUGCAACUACACUCAGACAGAGAUUCCAUACCAGAAGUUCCUGCAGUGUAUUUUUGUACACCCACAGAAGAGAACUUGGGCAGGAUAUGCCAAGACCUUGACAAUGGACUCUACGACCAAUACCACUUGAAUUUCAUAUCACCUAUAACUCGGCAGAAGUUGGAAGACUUGGCUGCAUCUUCUAUACAGUCUAACUCUGUAAUGAGUAUUCACAAAAUAUUUGAUCAAUAUUUAAAUUUUAUAUGUUUGGAAGAUGAUUUAUUUAUAAUGAAACACCAGCAGUCAGAUUCACUAUCAUAUUAUGCAAUUAAUAAAGGAGAUACCAAGGAUACAGAAAUGGAAGCAAUCAUGGAUGAAAUAGUUGAGAGUUUAUUUUCAGUAUUUGUUACACUUGGUAACGUUCCCAUUAUAAGAUGUAGUAAAGGCAACGCAGCGGAAAUGGUUGCGAAAAAGUUGGACAAAAAAUUGCGGGAAAAUCUUUGGGACGCGCGAAACAAUUUGUUCCAUGGACAAACGGGCACUUUCAGUUUCACUCGCCCUAUGUUGAUACUACUGGACCGAAAUAUUGACAUGGCAACACCGCUGCAUCACACUUGGACCUAUCAGGCUUUAGCGCACGAUGUAUUGGACUUAUCACUAAAUAGAGCAGUGGUACCGGAAAGUACUGGACCAGCGAUACCAGGCCAGAAAACCAAAACUAGAACAUGUGAUUUGGACUCCAAGGAUCCGUUGUGGUCAGAGCACAAAGGGAGUCCUUUCCCCACUGUUGCAGAGGCUAUACAGGAAGAUUUGGAUAAAUACAGGAGUUCAGAAGCCGAAGUGAAGAAACUGAAAAGUUCAAUGGGCUUGGACGCGGAUAGCGACCUCGCUCUGAGCUUGGUCAGUGACAAUACACAGAGGCUAACGAGCGCGGUCAAUUCGUUGCCACAACUCAUGGAGAAGAAACGUCUCAUUGACAUGCACACCACUAUUGCUACGGCCAUCCUCAAUGCAAUCAAAUCAAGGCGACUGGACUCGUUCUUUGAAUUGGAAGAAAAGAUUAUGAGCAAAAGCAGCGGCGUGGAGAGCAAGGCAGUGAUGGACCUGAUCUCCGACACCAGCGCUGGCACCGCCGAGGACAAGAUGCGACUCUUCAUCAUCUACUACCUGUGCACGUCGCAGCUUCCAGACGAAGAGUACAAGAAGUUCGAGUCAGCUUUAGUGGCUGCUGACUGUGACAUAAAGCCGCUGGUGUACAUGAAACGGUGGAAGAGUUUUACGAAAAUGUCGAGCCAAGGUCAAUAUGAAGGUGGCGGUACCAAAACAGUUUCCAUGUUUUCGAAAUUGGUCUCUCAAGGGUCGUCGUUUGUGAUGGAAGGAGUUAAGAACUUAGUGGUUAAGAAGCAUAAGCUGCCGGUGAGCCGCUGCGUGGAGGCGGCGCUGAGCGGCGCGGAGUCGGGCGGCGAGUGCGAGCUGGCGUGGCUGGACCCGCGCGCGGCGCGCACGGACGCGAGCGUGCGGGCGCGCGCGCCCAAGCACCCGCCGCCCAGCGACGCCGUGGUGUUCCUCGUGGGCGGCGGCAGCUACAUCGAGUACCACAACCUGAUGGACUUCGCCAAGCAACAAGCAACGAGUGGCAUAGCGAGGAAGAUCAUCUAUGGCGCCACCACGUUGCCGCACGCGGGCCAGUUCCUGAAACAACUGUCUCUAUUGGGAGAGGAAAUGCAAUAAACAUUCCUGGUUCUUAGAAAAUAUAUGUGAAAUAAUAAUAUAAAUACUAUAUAGACUAAA